AUGUACGCAGCUGUUGCCAAGGGACAGCCUCAGGUGCCCCAUGCACCUCAGGUUCCUCAGGAGCAGAAUAAUCAGAAAAAUAGAGCAUUAAACGACGAACAAAUAUAUCAAUGGCUCUCUGAAUUAGUGAGAGGCACGAAUAGAGAAAGAGCACUUUUGGAGUUAGGCAAGAAGAGAGAACAGUACGAUGACUUGGCAUUAGUCUUGUGGAAUUCUUUUGGAGUUAUGACGGUCUUGCUUGAGGAAAUAGUCUCGGUGUAUCCAUUUUUAAAUCCACCUGUGCUCACGGCUUCUGUCUCCAACAGAGUUUGCAAUGCGUUGGCCUUGCUUCAAUGCGUUGCCUCAAAUGUGCAGACCCGGGGCCUUUUCCUAAGUGCUAACUUUCCCCUUUACUUGUACCCUUUUCUUUCAACGAAUUCAAGACAACGGUCAUUUGAAUAUCUUCGUUUGACAAGCUUAGGAGUCAUUGGCGCCUUGGUCAAAAAUGAUACCCCCGAAGUCAUCAACUUUCUUCUCACGACGGAGAUUGUACCGUUGUGUCUCAACAUCAUGGAAAUCUCAUCAGAACUCUCGAAAACUGUGGCAAUCUUUAUCUUGCAGAAAAUUUUACUCGACGAUCAAGGCCUAUCCUACAUUUGUACUACCUACGAACGAUUUCAUACUGUUGCUUCUGUUUUAUCCAAAAUGAUUGAUCAGCUUAGCCUCAACACCAAUGUUCAAUCCCAAGCCCCACAGCAGUCCUCCAACAGUUCUGGAAGACUUUUGAAGCAUGUUGUCAGGUGCUACAUGCGGCUCUCUGAUAACCUCGAGGCAAGAAAAGCUUUAGCCACAAUACUUCCCGAACCGUUGCGGGAUGGCACUUUCUCAUCUAUACUACAAGAUGAUGUAGCCACGAAACGCUGCUUGGCUCAGCUUUUGUCCAACAUCAAUGACCAGAGGUGA